CACACGAGUACACCACUUCCUGGCACUGACGUGGGCAACCUGUCCAGGUCAAUGUACAUCUACGCCUACUUCCACCGCUUUCAUCCACAUCGUACACGCGUAUAAACGACAUCCAUGCCAGAUACGCAGUGUUCAUCGAAUUGAGAUCUUCGUAGCACGAGCACAGCCUGAUAUUCCCUCAUCGUGGUAACAACAGCUGUGGAAUGAGGUCGGAUGUUAUCGGUUCGGAUGAGAUGUACAUGGCAAUUGCCAUAGCAACGUCCCGCCGAAGUAGAGAUCCAGUGAGACAGGUUGGUGCAUGCGUGGUGGACGACUAUGGUAGCGUGAAGGCAGUUGGCUACAACAAUAUGCCGAACGACGACAACGACAUGUACCCCUGGUGUAAGGACGACCCAGAUCCAUUACAACACAAACGGCUCUAUGUAUGUCACGCGGAAGAGCGCGCCAUUGCGUCUUGUCCUGGGGAUUUAAGAGGCUGUUCCAUCUACGUGACACUCCACCCAUGUAAUGGUUGUGCAAGGUUAAUUGUUCUGUCAGGAAUCAAGGAGGUCAUAUUCCUGGAAGAUCGCAAUAAUAUACGCUAUCAAGCUUCACGAAUCAUUCUAAAAAAUUCUGGAGUUGCAUUAAAACAGUACGCCACAACGGGGAGGACUCUCGUCUGUAAAUUAUGAUGCGACGACUCAGACAAGCACAGUUGCUUGUACAAACAACAUCGACAACGCCGGAAAAGAGAAAUAUGCAGCCAGUUAAAACUAGUUCCCGCACCUGGCAGCUUUGCCUUCUAUCUAUAUACUGUAGUAAGUUUAAUACUCGAAUUGGUGAUAUAUUUCAGUAACUGCCACAAACCAUGAUUCCUCAGGACCAGUAUGAAAAGAACGAGUGAAUGAGUGAGUUGGAUUUUAAGCCACUAAGGACAGAUUUUCAGUUAUAUCCCAGCAUUUCAUUUUAAUGUGGGAGGAAACUCCAAAAUGGCACGGGUCUUGGACGUUUACCAUUUUCGUAAAUCCCUCGAAUAUGGUGUGGUGCUGACAAAUAUAAUCAAGCCGAGCUGAAACGCCUUGAGAAGCAGGAAAGGACUUUAGAUUGAUUGAUGACCAAUCUCAUUAAAAUCAGAUCUUAGUUCUCGCUACCGCGUUUAGCGAUAGCGAGAACUAAGAUCUGAUUUUAAUGAGAUUGAUUGAUGGCACGUAUCCAAACAACCCAGUCCUGCAUAAUAGUUCUUAAUAACCAGUUUCUCCGCAUGGAGAUACUUCCACGGUGUCCAAUAUCUGUGCAGACCUUUUGUCUCUACUCUCAGGAAUAUGUACUUCAGUUAGACAAGCGUUGCACAAUCAUGAUACCGCUUCUUCCGACCCGUGAAGAUCCGGGGUAGAAUAGGUCUUCAGCAACCCAUGCUUGCCGUAAAAGGCGACUAUGCUUGUCGUAAGAGGCGACUACCGAGAUGGGUGGUCAGGCUCGCUGACUUGGUUGAUG